GUCAGCGAGAGUUGGUUAACCCCGCCCCCUCCCUCCCGAGGGGCGGGGCCUGCAGGACGCGUCACCAAACCAAACCGCACAACCAAUCCGGAGUGGUUAGUGGCCGCCCGCCCCACCCUUUACAGACCUAUCGCGUGUUUGUUUUUGUGCAAAUGCCACUUUUAUUGCAAUGAAUGAAAAGAAUGUAAACUCAUAAAACUUUGACUCGUAUCACUUGUCCGAGUGUGUGUGGUUGAAAUGUGUUGCUCCCACGCGGGGUCGGUAGAGAGCAGCGAGUGUCCCGGCUCCCCUCCCUCCCUGCUUCAUGUGAUACGGAUCUGUCACAGUGGCUGACGAGGACUGGCAAGACCUUAGAUGUUCACUUGGUAACAUGUCCGUGUACCGAAAUGCCAUCUGGUUUCUGAACGGGGUCCACCACUACACACGGAAGGGAUAUGAGGCAGCAUCUAAAGACUUUGAGCUCCGGGAGCUGGAUGUGUCCGUUGUGGGAAGGUCUUUUAUGGUCACCGGAGCCAACAGUGGGAUUGGCAGAGCGACCGCCAUGGCAAUAGCCAAGAAAGGUGGGACCGUCCACAUGGUGUGUAGAAACAAAGAUAAGGCAGAAGAAGCCAGAGUGGACAUCGUCAAGGAGUCUGGCAACACGGAGGUUUACGUCCAUGUUGUGGACAUGUCAGAGACACGCAAAGUCUGGGAGUUUGCAGAGGCUUUCAAGAGGGAGUAUAUAUUCUUGAAUGUGUUGAUUAAUAACGCAGGGUGCAUGGAGCACAAGAGAGAGGUCAACGCAGAGGGACUGGAGAAGAACUUUGCCACAAACACUAUGGGGGUGUAUAUCCUUACCCAGACCCUCAUACCACUUCUACAGAAGAGCCGGGAUCCGAGAGUGAUCACUGUGUCCUCAGGAGGAAUGCUGGUCCAGAAACUCAGAGUGGAUGACUUGCAGUCAGAGAGGGGCUACUUUGAUGGCCUCAUGGUCUACGCUCAGAACAAGAGACAGCAGGUGGUGCUGACACAACAGUGGGCGAAAGCCAACCCUGUCAUUCACUUCUCUGUGAUGCAUCCAGGCUGGGCAGAUACACUAGCUGUUUCCACAUCAAUGCCUCAGUUCCACCAGAUGAUGGGGGAGAGACUGCGCAGUGUAGAGCAAGGGGCAGACACUGUCGUGUGGUUGGCCUUGUCUCGAGCUGCUGCCAGAACACUCAGUGGGCAGUUCUUUCAAGAUCGUAAACCUGUUCCUGUCCACCUGCCACUGGCCUGGACUCACAGCUCUACUGAAGAGAUUCAGACUUUCAUGACUCAGCUGGAGACUCUGGCCAGAGCUGUGCAGUCACGAUCCGAUCCAGAACUUAACGUCCCCUGAGCCCUUCCACGAGUACCCUUCCUCAAAUUGUCUAAUUUCAAUUUUUGCCUUCAAACUACUAACCGUAAGAUCAGAUACUGGAGAAUGUCACACAUUUAACAAAUUUAGUCAUGUGUACCUUCCAAUUCUGCUUAUACAUUUUUAAAACAGGUUUCAUUGUCAGCUGAUUUCAACUGUGAUUCCAACGUGUUUUAACUCGUCUGUACUGAUUGAUUUAAUUAGUCAUUGAUUUUGAUAUUGAGUAUGUCCACAGCAGAUAUAGGAUGCAUAUUGAAAACGUGCCUGUAAUGUAGAUAAAUAGGGUUUCAGGGAUUCGGAUUUCUGACUCGUGGGUUACACAUGGAAUUGUGCGAUGCAUGCAUUGAAAUUGUUAAACUGAUGUCUAUGAACCCCGAGCUGCACAAUCACCUAUUAGCACGACAUAAUUAAAAUGAAAUAUUAAAAGCAGAGUAAAAAAGAUAAAAUGUAAAAUAAAUCAGUCACUGACUCCAUGUAAAAUAUCUGCAUCCAAAGAGCCAAUUCAAUAAAAAAGACACUUGAUGUAAUAAAUACAUAUUAGGAAGAG